CAACGCUGAAAUUUUGAAUAUUUUAAAUUAACGCGUUCUAAAAAAAUAUUGCGUUUGCGAAGAAGUCUCAUUUCAAACUCGCUAUGCAUUGUGCGAGAGAGCCCCUCUCGCGCUGCUCUCGCCUCUCCGCCUGCCGCUCUAUCAGCAGCGUGCAGAAGAGAGCGCGGCGGUGGGGACGUGGAGCGGGUUGCAUACGCAAAAAUCGGCAACUUUCGGCGGCUCUGUAGGCCGAACCAUGCUAGAUCGCGACUAAUGAACUUCGACACGUUGUUCCUGAAGGUCCUUAUUCAAUGAUGCUCAACCAAUGCCUGUUAUUGACCCAGGAUGGAAUAAUUUUGGAAAACCAUCCUACUUCAACAACCCCGAGGAUCUUAGAGAAAUAGGCAACAAGUCAUUCCGAAGUGGUGACUACAGGCGCGCAAUCUCUGCGUACACCAAGAGUUUGGCCCGAGCACCGGCCGGCAGCGAAUUGCGCGGCCUGGCCUACGCCAACAGGAGCGCCGUCCUGCUCACCCUGGGCUACUAUGAAGAGUGCAUCAGCGAUGCCAAAAUCGCCCUGGAGAACAACUACCCUGAGAAUCUGGCUCAAAAACUGCAAAUGAGAAUGGCGGUUGCUUACAAGGCCUUGGGCAAAGAAGCCGAGGCCAAAGAGAGCUUGCAGGUUGCAGUGAAGCUGAUCAAAGAUCGCAAAUUGAGACCUGAGGUGGAGGAAGCAGUCAUUGAAAGCCUCCGCGAUGAACUGGAAGAUCGUCAUCAGAAACCAACGGUGUCCAGGGUCAGAGUUGAAUACGUCGAGCCACCCAAAUUGCGCUGCGGCCCAAAUCAAAUAGACCUGAAUGUUUCUGCAGCUCUGACUGUGAAGGACAAGGUCUUGAUUGCCAACCGAAGGAUCAAUGUUGGAGACGUAUUGAUCGUUGAACAACCUGCAAUUUUUGAACCCUGCAUCUCUGAUGAUUCAGAUCAUCCCUUUUGGAUCUAUUGCUGGGAAUGCAUGAAGCUUUGCCUUAAUUUGAAGCCUUGCUCAGCUUGCUCAUGGGCAUGUUACUGCAGUGAUGAAUGUGCCUCUGUGGCUUGGAAUAUUUACCACAAAAGCGAGUGUGCUGCUAAGAAGAAAAUCAUGGAAACUCUUGCCACAGAUGAUUCCCGACAAAUCUUUGCCUUGAAUUUCCUUUUUAAGGUUAUUUCAACAUUUGGCUUGGAGAAUUGCAUCAACGCUUAUUUAAAUUCAGUGGGAGAAAUUUCUAAUGAAACGCCCAUGAAUUUGCAGAAGUUCUUACUCCUAGAAAACUGUGACAUGGCAGUUAGAUUUGCAAGAUUACCUUUUUGUAUGGAAGCAAUCAAUUUGAUGGCUGAGAGCUUGGGCACCAGCAGCGAAAGGAAAUGGGCAUUGUUCAGGUUUUUGGAGCGAGCGCUUCAGAUAAUCUUUGGAAACUGGCACAUUGCUGAAGACUUGCGGCUCUUCCAGGCCGGAGAUGAUUUUUACUUUAGCUAUGACAAUAUUGGUUGCAUGGGUUUUGGAAUCUACCACUCCGUCACUUCAAUGAAAUCCAGCUGUGAUCCUAAUGUCAGCUGCGCUCACUACCUGAAGACGAUUGUUGUUAAAGCUGUGAGACCCAUUGAAGCAGGAGAGGAAAUUACCACCUUGAGAGGGAUCCAUUAUUCAACUCAACCAGUUCAAAUGAGACGUAACUGGAAUUCCUUCAAUCUGAGCAAACAAUUUGUGUGCCAUUGUCAAGCCUGCAAUGAGAAUUGGUCUCCUUCAUUCAAUCAGGUGCUUUGCCACAGUUUUGUUGCAAGAAAUCCUGCCUACACAGCUAACAUAGAGGGGCAGUUCAAAUCUAAAAUUAUGAUGACCAUUUCCAACAAACCCAUUGCCCCAAUCUCUGUGUUCACUCCUGAAAACCUUGCCAUUUGCAUCAGUAUCAUGGAGUUGUAUGGAAACAAAAGGAGAGAUGAUUUACAGUUCAACCAUGCCAUGAAAUUUGCGAGGAUGUAUUUUGGAUUUGUGACUAGAAAAUUCUCGCUUAAGGCAGGUGUCGCCUCAAAGUUGCACCACUAUGUACCCGUCAAAAUCCGGGAGGAGCAUCGUCAGUUUUUGUAAUUGUGAAGCCUAAUGGUUCAGUGUUUAGUUGCAUUUCACGUAUUAUCAUUUCGAUUUAAAUUCAUUUCCAAAAAUUAUGCAAAACAUGAUU